AUGUUCAAAAAGAUCCAUUCUAUAUUUCACCCCAACUCCCACCGAAGAAAUGUGACAGAUGACAUCCCUUACUGUGAUGGCACAGGUUCUGCUGUCAGAUUGAUCCGCAGCAGUUCUAUGUACGUCCUUGGAGGUGAGCAGGAAAAAUUUAGUGAACCACUAAAAAAAUGCAAAAGUACAUCCAGUAUUGACUCUUGCUUCCAGUCAAAAGAGGAAGACAGGGACUGGAUGUAUUCUAAGACUCAGGACUGCUUGAAGUACUUGCAGGAUCUGUUAGCCUUGAGGAAAAAAUAUCUUGACAACAUCAAUAACUUGAAAUCCAUGCGUAGGACUGCAGAUUCCCCAACAUCCACAAAAUCAUCCAAAACUGUAAAGAAGUCAUUUCUUCUACUUCCUUCCAAAGAGUCUUCUAAGGCAUCUAUGGAGAGAAGAAUAGUCCCACAGCACAGUUCGGAUGUAGGAGAAGCAAUAGCAUUCUUUGACUCGGUUAUUGCAGGUCUGGAUUCAGAGAGAUGGCGGAGAGUUCCUGACACGGAUCGGCCAAAUGUGGAUGUUGAUUUUGAUGUUGCUACCAGCACAAGCGAACACAGUUUACAUUCAAACUGGAUCCUUCGUGCUCCCCGCAGGUACUCUCAAGAUACUGCCCAAACAGCCAAGGCUGUAAACCAGUCUCAGAGAAACAGCCAACGGAGAACCACUGGCUCUAGGAAGAGGUUGGAAAGGCAUCCCAUGUACUUGCCCAAAGCAGUGGAAGGAGCAUAUAACACGUUAAAAUUUAAGCCCAAAACACAUAAGAGAGAAUAUUGA